CGUCACUGAGGUGCGACCUGGUCGGCCGCCGAGCCGCUGCUUGCUGGUCUGAGCCCGGGGCCGAGGCGGCGUCGCUGACGCCUGGAGCGCGAUGCCUUGAACUUGGAAACUAUGUGAAGCAACACUUUCUGGAUUCUAAGAAACAUCAUUUCAUCAUGGGACAGCAAAUUUCGGAUCAGACACAGUUGGUUAUUAGCAAGUUACCAGAAAAAGUAGCAAAACACGUCAUAUUGGUUCGAGAAAGUAGCUCCUUAACUUAUGAAGAAUUUCUUGGGAGAGUAGCUGAACUAAAUGAUGUAACUGCUAAAGUGGCUUCUGGCCAGGAAAAACAUCUUCUCUUUGAGGUACAACCUGGGUCUGAUUCUUCUGCCUUUUGGAAAGUGGUUGUACGUGUGGUCUGUACCAAGAUUAACAAAAGCACUGGCAUUGUGGAAGCAUCACGGAUCAUGAAUUUAUACCAGUUUAUUCAGCUUUAUAAGGACAUCACAAGUCAAGCAGCAGGAGUGUUGGCUCAGAGCUCCACCUCUGAAGAAGCUGAUGAGAACUCAUCUUCUGUAACAUCAUGUCAGGCUAGUCUUUGGAUGGGAAGCCCUCAGAUAUUUGAAAAACGAAUCAAAUUCUCACUGAAUCUUCUGUUCUCCAGAAUAAGCACUUCCAGUUCCUUGGCCUGUGUUUAUAUGGCUCUCUUCUUCAUACUGGUGAAGCAGCUGACCGAUGAGGAGGAGUGUUGUAUCUGUAUGGAUGGGCGGGCUGACCUCAUCCUGCCUUGUGCUCACAGCUUUUGUCAGAAGUGUAUUGAUAAAUGGAGUGAUCGACACAGGAAUUGCCCUAUUUGUCGCCUGCAGAUGACUGGAGCAAACGAAUCUUGGGUGGUGUCAGAUGCACCUACUGAAGAUGAUAUGGCUAACUAUAUUCUUAACAUGGCUGAUGAAGCAGGCCAGCCCCUUAGGUCAUGACCUUCCAUGGGGGGAGAUCUUCCUUUGCUAUUGUGGGCUACAAAUACAUAGUGGUCAUGGAGGACAAAUGAAGGGAUAUUGUGGCAACGAUACAGAAAAAGCAAUUUUUCCCACCCUCUUAUUUUUGCUAUUGUGACAAUAUGUCCCAUUUUUUAAAAUAAACUUCCCAUGUCUUCCAUUUUGGUAAACUAAAAUUUGCUACUAUUGUAGAUCAUACUUCCCUAUUAGUUAACUGUUCUAAUGUGUAUUAGAACUAAUUGCUCUUGAAUCCUUUGCUAGCAGAUAACAGCAAUAUUUCCAGAGGCUUUUUGACACUACAGGUUUUCAAGGCAUGAGUAUUCUGGAAUCUUUUUUGUUAGGUUUAUAAACUUUGAAUGUUGAAAAGUUGUAGCCAUCUGAGAGAAAUUUUUAAAUGACUAAAAAUGUAGACUACAUCAAAGUGCAUGUUACUACUUAAAACGUCUUUCUGCUGGAAUCUAAGGAGUAUUUAUUAUGCCCCCUUGUGGUGAAUUAUUGCUCCUUUUACAAUUUUACUUGAAGUGUUCCACAAUUAUUUCAUAACUUUAUAUAACUUCAGUGUGUUUUGGAACUAUGUAUUUUUUAUUUUUUACUUAAAAAUCCAUUUUUUUUUUGGUUAUAUGAUACAGUUUAGUUAAGGACUAUAAAGUUGGGGCUUUGCCUUAUAAAUUAAUUUCUGCUGGAGAACCUUCUUGGCUGUCCUGGAAAUGCAUUCCCAAAGCUAGAUAACUGAUCUAAUUGACUUUUAUAAUGCUCAUGCAUUUGGGGAGUUUCAGAAGGAAAUUUUUCUUCAUCACAAAUACUAACUUUUGUACUUCUAAAUUAUAAUAAGUCAUUCAGUGUUCAUUUAUGGUGCUUUUAUUUUAACUUGAAGGCAUCUCUCUGGGUUUCAUAGUCCCUGAUUUUCUUAGAUUAAGAAAUAAGGAAAUAGGAUGAGGCUUUUUCACCAUAUUUACAUAAAACAUCUCAGAAAACUAGAAGAUAAUUUGGCUUUCUUACUGCUUCACUGUACUUCCUUUGAAAAUCUCCCAAAGAAUAUAAUAAUGAUGAAAUUAUGGUCUUAAUUAGCACCUCAACCAUUUCUUUAGAUUUUUGCUUAAGAAAUAUGAAUUUUAACAAUAUUUCAUCAUAUAGUAAAACUAGGGCUUGAAGUCUCCUUUAAAAAAUAUUUUAACAUUCCAUGCAAAUUUUGACCUAUUAUUAACAAGUUACAAAUAUUCCUGUUUUUCUAAGUACCAAAAAUUUAAGUUGCUACCUAUUGAUGACAGAAAUUUUUGAACGUUAAGAUUUUAAUAGGGCUGGGCAUGGUGGUCCACAAUUGUAAUCUCAGUGACUCUGAAGGCUGAGGUAGAAGGAUUGCAAGUUCAAGACCAGCCUCAGCAAUUUAGUGAGACCCUGUCUCAGUAAGAGGAAUUGGGGAGGUAGCUCAAUGGUAAAGCACUCCUCAGUUUAAUCCCCAGUACCAAAAAAAAAAAAAAAAAUUAAUGGACAUGCAAAUAAAAUAAAAUCCAUUUCAAGGAAAAAUAUCUGGCUAAUAACUUGACUCCUGAUAGGAUCAGCUAAUUACCAAAUAGCUAAACACUCACUACUGGGUGUUUAUGCAAGCAGAAUACUGGAAGCUCUAUCACAUCAACAUGGAGAUGCACUUGGAUGAUUGUGUAACCUUGAGAAAGUGUCUUACUCUUGUUGGUAGUUUCCUAUUUUAGAAACAGGUUUUUAUCUGUGGUUUUCAUACUACUACUUCAGCAGUGGAAUCCUUUUUUUCAAGUAAAAAAUCUUAGAACCCUUAUAUACAUAUGCAUGCACACAUUCUAGCCCACUAUAUUUCAUAUUUUUUUCAUUAAUAUAAAUUUCCUUAUAUAAACUUUAUGUACUAUAAUUACUAAACAUUAGGUUAACCAAUGAAAACACAUAGUAAUGCAUUGGUAAUACAUAUAUUAAAAUUUGGUAACAAAUUUGUACCAUGAGAGUUGUUUUUCUUUUUUAAAUCAAAAAAAAUUUAAAAUUCCAGUCAAAUUUGCAGGUUCCUAAAUUUUCUCCAUUGAUUCCUCUUAUUACAUGGAACGUUUGUUAUUUGAAAACCUUAGGAUAAGUGAUCCUCUGAGAUGUUUUCCAGAUCUAAAAUUUUAAUUGUCAUUUUGCAUUAGACUGAGUUUAAUUCGGAGUGUCUUAAUUUUAAAACAUUUCUGAAAAUGAGCAAUGUUGCUUUCCAGGUUUUUGAUCUCUCCAGGUAUAGCCAAUGAUUUUAUCCCCCAGGGUCACCUUUAAAGGAAUUAUUAAACAGUGACUUGAUAUUGCAUAUACCUUUUUAUCUUGCAAUAUGAACUCCAAGACACUAACUGAUCUACUGUGAAAUAUAAAAAUGUUUUUUAUUAGCCUUAUUAAAUGAACGUAGUUCUUUGCUCACUUUAUUAAACUGAGUGAUAAUUCUUAAGAUGUGAACUUUAGGUAGGUUCUAUUGUAAUAUCUAAUCAUAAUCAUAAGAGUUGUAAAUUUGUUUAAUGGACAAAAUGUAUGCUUUUUCUAUUCUGUACAGCUUUGUCUUUUUUAAAUAUGAAGUACUUAAAUGCACUUACUAUGAUAGGAAAUAUGUGUGCCUUCUAGGAUUUGUGAAAUGGUCUCAUGUUAUUCUGAGGAAUUUGUUUUGUAAGCUAUAGUUUUCCCUUCUAUCCUAACUCAAUAACAAAGGGUUUACUUAUAAUGCUGUAGUACUUUAGUUUGAGAAAAUGAGUUUGACUCUGUACUGAAUUUAGAGGUUGAGAAUAGCAGCAUUUUAGCAAUUUUAGCUAAAUGAAGAGAUUUCCUUCUUAUGUUAUUUCACAUUCUUCUAUGCUAAAUAUUAUAUUCCUUAAGAGAGGACUAUUUGUGCUCUGAGAAUUUGUGAUGUUCAUGUGCUACGUUUUGAGAAUAAUUUCAAAUUGGACUUGAUUUUCUUAUAUCCAAUAUACGUCUGGAUAAUAAGGCUAUUUGGAAAUAUCUUUCAGUUCAGUGAUUUUUAACAUUGGGAAGGUAGGUUCAUUAAAAAGCAGUCUGAAGAAUUUACAUUUUAUCUGUUAUGUUUUAGUUUUAUGUUAUGUUUUGUUAUGUUUUAUUAUGUUUGUUAUGUUUUGUUGAUGUUUUGUUUGUUUGUUUUAUUGGAAGUUUACUUGGUCUAUCCAGGAAUAAGAAAACUAAUUGGAGAUUAGAGAAAUCAGCUGAUAAUCCACACUGACAAUAUAAUAUAUAAUAUUGGCAGUAGUAAUAUUUUGCCCUAUUUGACAGUAAAAAUAAUUGAUAAAAUA